AGCGAGACCCAGCCACCUUCCCGGCUCAUACUUUGUUGUAAUUCGACAUCAACAACCUCAUUCCAAAGCAACCUCGAUUUCUUUCAGGUAACCUUUACACCCCCAAAAACACCACUCACUCUUUCCGUUUCUUCCUCAAAAUGGCUUCCCGAACUUACAACGCCAACCCCUUCUUCUCGUCCGCCUUCUUCGCUCCCUCCAUCGGCGAGAAGAUCGACAACGCUACCGCCCAGGCCCAGGCCAAGGCCGAGGAGCUCAAGGUCAAGGGAGAGAAGAUGGCCGGUGUCUACGGUGACAAGGCCUACAACAAGUUGCAGGAUGCCAAGGAGAUCGUCAAGGACACCGCCUCGGUCAACCCUACCGGUGUCGACCUUUACGCCAGGUUCGCCCUUGCCGGUGCCCUUGGUUGUGCCAUCACCCACGGUGCCUUGACCCCCGUCGAUGUCGUCAAGACUCGAAUCCAGUUGGAGCCCGAGGUUUACAACAGGGGUAUGGUCAGCGGAUUCCGACAGGUCAUCGCCAAGGAGGGUGCCGGCGCCCUCUUGACCGGUCUCGGACCUACCGUCGCCGGAUACUCGGUCCAGGGAGCCCUCAAGUUCGGAGGAUACGAGUUCUGGAAAAAGGUCGCCAUCGACACCGUCGGUAUCGACUCGGCCCGUGAGAACAGGACGGCCAUCUACCUCGGAGCUUCUGCCAUCGCCGAGUUCUUCGCCGAUAUCGCCCUCUGCCCUCUCGAGGCUACCAGGAUUCGAUUGGUCUCCCAGCCCAGCUUUGCCAGUGGGUUGUUCCCCGGUUUCGCCAGGAUCGCCAGGGAGGAGGGUGUCGCCGGUUUCUACGCCGGAUUCGGACCCAUCCUCUUCAAGCAGGUCCCUUACACCAUGGCCAAGUUCGCCGUCUUCGAGGUCGCCCAGGAGAAGAUUAUCGCCGCUACCGGAAAGACCAAGGACCAGCUCGUCGGUUCGCAGUUGACCAUGGUCAACUUGGCCGGAGGUCUCAUCGCUGGUAUGGCCGCUGCCGUCAUCUCGCAACCCGCCGACACUUUGCUCUCCAAGAUUAACAAGAGCAAGGGAGAGCCGGGUCAGGGAACCACUUCCCGAUUGAUCACCAUGGCCAAGCAGCUCGGACCCGCCGGUCUCUUCACCGGUAUCGGUGCCAGGUUGUUCAUGAUCGGUACCUUGACCGCCGGUCAGUUCAUGAUCUACGACGACAUCAAGCGAGCUUUGGGAGCCAAGGGAGGUGCCGAGAUCCAGAAGGUCGCCAAGUAAUUAUUGUAGGGCUGUUUUACUCUCAUUCGAUAGACGGUUCUUGCGAUAUCAUAUAUACAUCUACAGUUCUUUUCGUCUGUUACGAAUUGGG